ACUCGUGUGGCUCUUAGCAAAUCUCCUUUUCCAAGAAAAACCCACAGAGGCCGCUUGAAAUUAGGGCUUACCCUUGCGAGAGCGAGAGAGAGACUUGGAGAGCACUCGAAAGAAGGAGAAGAAGGAGAAGAAGGAGAGGAAACCCAGACAUCUCAGACAUCUAUCCUGCGAACCAUCUACAAUCUCUAGCUCCUCAACACAACGGUUGUGCAGGUGUGAAUUGGUGAUUUGCACUCUGAUGGCAAAGAAACCUGUCCCAGAAAUAGAUGAUGAACUUUUUGACGAAGUUUAUGGAAAGGCAUAUACCGGUCCACCUGGUUUAACUGCUAACAAUGCACAAGAGAAAGCAAACUCAAAUAAAAGGCCCAAUGCAAGUGCAAAUGCUAAUGCUGAGUCUGAGGAAGAAGAUGAGCCACACGAUCCGAAUGCUGUUCCCACUGAUUUUACUAGUAGGGAAGCUAAAGCAUGGGUAGCUAGAGCCAAGGCUACUGAAAGAAACUGGAAGAAAAGGAAGGAGGAAGAAAUGAUCUGCAAAAUAUGUGGACAAUCGGGUCAUUUUACACAGGGUUGUCCAUCUACGCUUGGAGCAAGUCGCAGGUCCCAAGAUCUUUUCCAAAGGGUGCCCGCAAGAGAUAAGCAUAUCAGGGCUCUUUUUACAGAAAAAGUAAUCCACCGGAUUGAAAAGGAAGCUGGUUGCAAAUUCAGAAUGGAGGAGAAGUUUAUAAUCAUCAGUGCCAAAGAUGACUCAAGCUUAACAAAAGGCGUCGAUGCUGUGCACAAAGUGAUUCAGGAUGAGGAAAAAGCUAAGGCAGCGGGUUCUUCGGCUUCUCACAGGACCCGAUCCAGAUCCCCUGAUAGAAGCCCCGUGGGUCCUCAGUUGAGGCGCUCGGAAUCCCAAAGGUCUCACUCUCAUCAUAGUCCCAGAAAACCCCCACAGGUCCAACCGAAGGCCUUUAAACAGGAAAGAGUUAUUGAAGAUCAUCUGCGUGAGGAUCUGAAGCAGAUGUCAAGGAGGUCACCACAAGCUUAUGGUAAUGACGGAGCUAGGGGUCGCCCAAGCCAUUCGAGAUCUCCACCACGCUCUGCUUUCACUGCCGAUGCGUUUGGUUCAUAUGACGGCCAUACUCAGAAUGCUGGGAUGCCUAAAACUGAAAACUGGGAUACUGAGAGGCGUGGGGCAGACGCCCAUUCUGGCCGUAAGUUUGAAUUCCCUGCUUAUCCGCAGACAUUGGAAGAACUAGAAAUGGAAUUUAAGAGGGAGGCAAUGGAAUUUGGAAGAAUCCGUGACAAGGAAGAGGAUGAAGAAAACUACAAGCACCGUGAGACCACCAGAGAACUGAGAGAGACUUACAUGAAGAAACUGGCCAUACUAAGGGGCAUGCAUGCAAAGCAAUGGGAAGAGUUUCUUCAACUUAACAUGCAAAGGCAGCAAAGGGCCCACCAGCAUGUGUCGGCGCCAAGCUACGAUACGUAUAACCAACCGAAUUAUCCAGAUUACGACCGCUCAUCUGGGAAUCCUCAUUACAUGGGAGCUAAUGUGCCAAUGGAAUUGAGAGGCAGAUACCCAUAUCCCGUUGAGAAUUAUUCGAGUUCGAGGCCCCCCCAUGAUUCCUACAGCGAGUUUCAGCGUCAGAGACAUGAGGACUAUGGGAAGACAUACAACCGAUAUUGAAUCUGAAUUUCAGAUGGAUUUUUGCGGGCAUGAUUGUUGGUGGUACGAGUUACAGAAACAGCAGGGCGGUCUAGGUAAGUACUUGGUUAUUUCUUGAAUUAUGGAUCUUGGAAUCGUGGAACUGAAGGUGGUAGCGAUGAACAUUUUGGGCACAAUCUUAUUGAAAAACGCUCUAUGCUUUGCA